ACGUCGCGGAGGGAGGGGGUAUUUUAAUGGCAGUCAGUAGCACUUCAACAUGGAAAAACUCCGGAUUAUUCUUUAUCAUUGAACUGGUGUAGCUUCGCUUGCAUUUGUUAAGAUUUCCUUUUAUAUCUUGCAAUGCGAUAAAAUAAUAUUUCGGAUAGAGAUGUGUUUUUAGAGCUCUUUCUGCAGCAGUGCACCGACUUUACCCGCUUGAUUUGUGCGUGAGUAGCUGAUCAGGCCUAACCGGCUGGCUAGGAGACAAGCAGACGGUUAGCUUGAGUUGAAAGAGAAUAUGUAACAUACAGCAACCAACAUGACAUCCAGAUUCGGUAAAACCUACAACCGCAAGGGAGGGGAGGCGAAUUCCAAAUUUGAAGAGGUUUUCUCCAACAAGAAGCCCACCCUGACCACCAAAUGGGGGGAGACCACCUACAAGGCACAGCUUGGAGGCAAAAAGCCUUUAUUAAAACCUGGAGCAACUGAGGUCUCCAAGAGGCCCAGGCUUGAGGACAGCGACAGCGAAGACCCGUUUGGUUUUGACAGCGAUGAAGAGUCCAAGACUGUGACCUCCGAAAAUGUUUCUGAAAUGAAGAUGCCAGAAGAGACCGUACCAAAAACGGUUACAGCGCAGAGCAGAGUGACUGCUGCUGUUGUGACAUCAGCACAGGCUUCUGCAAGUAUAACGGCAACAUUGACAAAUAAGCAGACAUCAGAAAAGGAUGUUAAAAACAAUCAGCCGUGGUACAAAAGUGCAUUGGCCGGCACCCAAAAACCUGUAUAUGUGACCUACGUCUCAGAGACCGUCCUCUUUGACAACGAAAACUUGUCACUAUCACAGAUGCCGGUUUCCUCCUUUUCUAACUUGGAUGCCACCAUGUCAGUAAACGUACCUGGAGGAAUGCACAACAUCCAACCUGCAUGCUCUUAUGACGGAUCCCUGUCGGAGGAAAUGAAAAGUGUGGACCAGGAGCUUUCCACAGAGCCCCCACCAGAACUGGUGGACAACAUUCCCCCUUCCCCGUUUACCUUAAGGGCCUCAAACUGCAAGAAAUACCAACGACCCCACCGGUCUCACAAAGCACUUGCUGAAUUCAGCGACAGCAACAGUGACAAGCCCAUUGACCCCUCGAGUGCCCAAGAUAAAUCCAAUAGUGUCCUUUCUGCUAGCGCAAGUGGUACUGCUGCCAGUGCUAACACAGCAGCCAAGCCCGCAGGCAGGGGUGGUGGGAGGGUGCGAGACUACACAGUUCUGCACCCGUCCUGUUUGUCAGUGUGCAAUGUCACCAUCCAGGACUCAAUGGACCGCAGCAUCGACGAACUCGUGGCACAGCCCACCCCCGCUGACCUGGGAGAGGCAGGUCAGAUGAAGAAGAAGUCGGACACACAACCACCUAAACCGACUCGGUUUAGGCCUGUCCAGACAAAGACAAAGAAGACCAAGGCCGAGACCAAACUGGAGUUCUUUGGGUUUGAGGACAAAGACGGCGAAGGGGAGGAUGCGAGUUCUGAGGGGGCCAUGGCUGGCAAAAGCAGCUACAAGAUCAAAUAUUUUGGCUUUGAUGACCUUAGCGAGAGUGACAGCGAUGAUGAGAACUCUCAGGCCAAAGAGAAGAAGGUCAAGAGGGCGGCCGCAGCCUUAGCUGCACUGAGCUCAAGUGUUGACAGUCCUCAUACCAGCGACUCUCAGGACAGUCAAGCCAGCAGCAAUACAGAUGCUUUUGACUUCUCUGAUGACUCCAGCCCUGGAGUCACUGAGGGCCAGAAAGGGCGAACAGGAAGGCAAGGUGACAAAUCGAAGGACUCCACCACUGGACUCAAAAAGAUUUUCAGUGGACCCAAAAAGUCUCCUUCUAAAGCUGUGUACAACGCUCGACACUGGAACCAACCGGAACCCGAAGAGAUUCCUGUGCCUCCACUUUCUCGAUCUCAGACUGCCCUGCCGGUUUUGUCGAGCGGCAGCAAGGACAGCAACUCUCACAAAGACGACGGCUUGUUCAAAGCGCCUCCACCGCCACCAAAAGUCAUCAAAUCGGAAACCAUCCCCACACGGCCCAACCAAGAGAUUGUAACGGCACUUAAAUGCAGGAAAGAAGACAAAGAGCUGUACACGGUGGUGCAGCACGUGAAGCACUUCAACGACGUGGUGGAGUUUGGAGAGAAUCAAGAGUUCACCGAUGACUUUGAGUACCUGGAGACGGGGCUGAAGAGCAGCCAGCCACUUAACACGAGAUGCCUUAGUAUCAUCAGCCUGGCCACACGGUGCGCCAUGCCAAGUUUCAGGAUGCACCUCCGGGCCCGAGGAAAAGUGGCUCAGGUCUUCAAGAUACUCAGCGACGCUCCGCAGCAUCCGAACCUUGCUCUGUGCACCGCCGCCCUGAUGUACAUCCUGAGUCGAGAUCGGCUCAACAUGGAUCUGGACCGGGCGUGUCUGGAGCUCAUGAUCAAGCUGCUGGAGCUGGACCAGGACUACUCAGGCGACCAGGAUCAGCUCACCGCCAAGGAAGUGGCAAAGGUCAAGGAGAAGAUCAGGAAGCUGUGCGAGACCGUGCACAACAAGCAUCUCGACUUAGAAAACAUCACGACGGGUCAUCUCGCCAUGGAGGCGCUAUUAUCCCUGACCUCCAAGAGAGCGGGCGAUUGGUUCAAAGAAGAACUUCGCCUGCUAGGAGGCCUGGACCAUAUUGUGGACAAAGUGAAAGAGUGCGUGGAGAACCUGAGCCAGGAAGAUGACAAGGAGAAACUUGUAGAGUCUUUGUGGGGAGCUGAGAGGUGUCUGAGAGUGCUUGAAAGUGUGACUGUGCAGAACCCAGAAAACCAGGGUUAUCUGAUUGCCUACAAAAACUCGCAGCUCAUCGUCUCCUCUGCCAGAGCGCUGCGUUACUGCGAAGAUAUGAUCCAGCGGUACAGCCGGGCGCUAAACAACAGCUCCCUGUCGUCGUCGGCGGCGGGCGUCACGCUGCCACACUGUAGCUUCAGCAACGUGGGCAAGGCGGUGGAGGACUGCAUGAGAGCCGUCAUAGGGGUGCUGCUCAACCUCACUCACGAUAACGAGUGGGGAAGCACCAAGACGGGCGAGCAGGAACAGCUGAUAGUCACCGCGCUCAACUGUGUCCUCCGAGUGCCGCGCUACAUCCCACAGGAGCAGCGCUUUGACGUCCGAGUGUUGGGUUUGGGGUUGCUAAUUAACCUUGUGGAGUACAGCUCCAGAAACCGCCACUGUCUGGUGGACAUGGAGUACAUGGUGGAUGACACGUGUUUGGAAGACAGCCUGAUGCAGCCCGCUGAUCCGACGCAAGUGGAGACGGCGACGACGAUGGCGGCGGAACAGUCAGCCGCGACUGAAGGAGAUGAGCUGGACGUGCCGAAGCCUUCUGGAGCGCUGGCUGCCCUGGUGAAGCUCUUCCUGGAGCGGGAGCGUGCCGCCAUCCUGGCCGAGGCGAAGACGGACGACCUCAUCAGCGAGGCCCCUAAGCCGGCCCUGGACCAGAGCGGCGAGUGGCAGGAGACAUCAGGAGAAAUCCAGUGGGUAGCAUCCGAAACGAACGACAGCCAAGCUGAAAAGAAAGAGGAAGAGGACGAAGAGUUGGACCUAAAUAAAGCUCUGCAGCACGCGGGCAAACACAUGGAGGACAGCAUCGUCGCCUCCUACACAGCUCUGUUACUGGGCUGCCUCUGUCAGGGCAGCCAGACAAAUGUGACUACUGUGAGACUGCACCUACCUAAAGGGGAUUUCUCUAUAAUGACAGAAAUGCUGAAGAAGUUCUUGAGCUUCAUGAACCUCACUUGUGCAAUGGGCACCACAGGACAGAAGUCUAUCUCACGGGUCAUCGACUACCUGGAACACUGUUAACACACGAUGAACCGCAACGAACUCACUCUUCUGCACACUUUAAGGGUUCAAGAUCCCCUUCCCGUUGAUGUCACACUCCCACGACCUCAUCCGACCGCCCAUCGACGCUCACACCGAUGAUGCGCUGCGUGUAAACUCACACAGAGCUACAGUUCCCUUUCCAGAGCACAGCCUGAACCAAAGCCCUGUUAGCUGACGGACGUGUUGAUUCCCUCUUUUUUUUUUUUUUCUUUUUUCUCCAAGUUCUCUCAUCAGACUCCACAUUUCAUGUCCAGAUUCAUACUUGUUUGUGAUUUGCACAGAUUAUUAUUUGCUAAAAGAUCCCGUGAGAUUGGUAAACAAUGAGUCGUUGGAAACGAACUUGAAGCGGAUCGUUCGACGACAACAAGCUGCCGAGGAGGAGCCGUGUUGGCUGUCAGGUUCUGAUUUCUGGCUACGCAGCUCGAGUGUGCGAAGCCUUGAAUCAGAUUUUAUGGAUCAUUACAUUUUAAUCUCUGCCUGUUCACGUCCAAGCCAAGGGUGAAAUAAUUGAUCAGCAGGGAAAUCAAUCAUCUUCAUGGACUUCAGAAUGAUGUCUAUAUGUAAACAGCGUGGAAUGAUUUUGAAUGCGAUCCGUCAAUUUUUAUUUUCUCUCCCCUCCCCACUGAUAUUCACAAUUAGACUGAAUGUUUAAGGGAAAUGGUUUUUUUGUUGUUGUUAUUUUUAGGUUUUGAUUUUAAGUUUUUAAUUGUUCUCAAACACAAUUUUAGCUAUUUUUUUUAAAAAAAAACUGUAGGACAUUUCUCUCUUAUGUUUGAAGCGAUCAGGAUGAGCUUUGACUGAGACCGAAACGACACGCCAUCCUGGAUUUGUGUCGUUGUCGCCCAUAUCUGUGUCUAUUUUAAUUUGAAAGUCAACUAAUCCAACAGCGUGGUUAACUCUUCUCAACUAUAGCACAUAAUGAAUUAUUCCAGAUGAUUGUUUUUAAAUGCAAUGAAAUAAUUUUAAGAAUUGUAUUUAAUUUAAUGUUUCCUCUCCUCGUUGUGUAAAAUGCAAAGUCUUUGCUGAGCUGGACUGUUUGUCUUUUAAUAUAAUCAUAUGACCGAUUCUUUUUUUUUUUUUUUUUUUUUUGAAAAUUUAUAGAUUGUGGCCCAAGUUUUAACAAAAUAUAAUUUUUGAUUAAGAAACUCGAUUGGAUGCAGCUUCAUGCUUUCCCUUAGUCCAUCGUCACGAUUUGUUCGGCUCUGGACUCCUUGUACGAAGCCGGCGUUUAUUUAUUCUGCUUCGCCGUCGUUUCAGCCGUGAUCGUCCACCCGAUACUCUGAAAAGCCUCUCGUCGUGAACUGCUCUCCUGUUUGAACCAGGUUACAGCCAUACUUCUUGUAUAAACAUCCGUUUGAUCUGGUUUUGUAGGGCUGCGGUGAACAUGGCUGUGUUUACUGUUAACUACUUUGCAAAACUUUGGUCUAAAAGGAAAUUUUAGAAUGUAAAUACUCGUGUACAUAUACGUUACUGGACAUUUAAAAUGCGUAGACUUCUUCUUCUUCUCCCCACCCUCUACUGCACCCCACUCCUAGGUGAUAUCUUAUUUUAUACUAUAUUUCUGAGUUGUUUGAGAAAAAAAAAAUCCAAAACAAUAAUUGCAAGAUUAAAAAAAAAACAAAAAAACUGUUUGUACCUGUUUUGAGAACAUAGUCUCUGGUUACAUGUAAAUAGUUGUAUCUGAAAAUGGAACAAAAUUGCUACUUUCAGUACA